UUCAAAACGCUGCCCAUCGGCGAUCCGCGUGUUCUUCAGGCAUGCAUGGAGCUCUCAAUCAAGACGCCGGCACAAGUUCUGCAGGAGUAUCAGAAUCGUAACCGGGGCGUGUCGAUCAACUAUAAUACGGUGCCUGUCGAGGGGGACGGUGUGAAGCUCUUCAAGACUAUCGUGACAGCCGGCAGCACAGUCGCAGAGGGGGUUGCCUCGACCAAGAAGAUUGCCAAACAGUUAGGAGCGCAGCAGUUGCUGGCAAUGCUGCACGAGCGAACAGCCCGGAAGUACUAUGAGGUAGCAGAAAUGUACAACAACUCGCUCAAGGGCCAACCUGUGAUCGCCGAGUCCUCCACGUAUGGGCCAGCUACUCCGCUACGCAAUGGUGCGAGGGGCGGCGGACGUGGUAGCGCGGACCCUCGGCUGCAGCGGGCUGAUAAUAAUGCCCCCAACCGGAUGCGACGAGUACGUCGAGCUUCUCCGAACCAGGACUACGACGUCGGUGGAGGAUAUCGCGAGUAUGCGCCGCCCCAGUGGGCUGCGUACAAUCAGCAACCGAUGCAGCAUUUGCCGCAGCAAGCAGCCCCCCAGCAAUGGAUCGGAGAAGGUCAGCAAGGUGAAAUGGAAAUGGACAGCAUGGGCCCCGAGCGUGUGGUGGUGUAUUCCACCACGCCAGCCGCAAACGCUCCGGGGGCUUAUGGUGGUGGGCAGUACUACAACAAUAUCGGUGUCGGCGGCAACGCGUGGGGUGGCUACCCAAAUGUCAAUCACCCAGGGUCUCACCCGAAUGUACCUGGAGCUUAUCCUCAGCAGUACGCUGGCGGCUACGGAGAAAGCCAACCACCGCCUGGCAACAGACAGUAUGCCUAUGGCAAUUACCAUUCUCGACCGUCUGACCGCUCAAACACCUCAACGCCGAUCGAAAGAGUCACGGCCAAUUUACGCAACCAGAUGUCGAAUCAAUGA